AUGACAGCGACAAAAGAGGAAAAAGAGUCAGAGCUGUUGCUGCCAAAGAGCAACAAUGGCGACAAACCUCGUUAUUCUAUUCUCAGAGCCCGGAUAAGUGCUGCUUUCAUUCCUGUGUUUGCAGUGUCCGUAUCAGGAACCAGGGAGUCCCUGGUAACACAGUACAUAGUGAAAAGGCUUGAAGACGAGAUUGGUUUCAGCAACGUCACUAAAGUGAGCUCCUGCAUUGACAGCGGAAACAGCUCCAAUACAGAGUCUGGGAAUGAUCCCCAAUCACAGGCUUCCGAGCAACUGACCUACUAUGUGCUGGCACAGACGAUCCCAGCAUUCUUUGCUUGCCUCCUUUUGGGCUCGUACGCAGACUAUGUAGGUCGGCGUUUGCUGCUGCUGGUUCCAGUGUUUACCAACUUUGUGAAGACAGCGAUCAUCUGUUGUAUUGUCAAGUUUAACUUUGAUCUCAGUUACUUCUACCUGGCAUAUGGCAUUGACGGCUUGGCUGGCACAUCCUACUCAAUCCUAUUGGCUCUCUACUCGUUUACAGCCGACAUCAGCUACUCCAAGAAAGAUCGAACAUUCUGGAUCUACGCUGUGUCGUGUGCAUCCUCCACAAUGUCUGCAGUCAUCAAUGUCACUGGCGGAUAUCUCAUUAAAAAUUAUGGAUUUUUUGAAGCGGCAAUUUUUUUGUGCGGAUUGACACUUCUGUCAUUCAUCGUGCCACUGAUUUUUCUCCCAGAAACUUUACAACAACGUCGGUCAAUAAAAGGCGUCAGUCCACUGACUCACAUUAAAAAUAUAUUUGGUUUAUAUUUCCUAGAUGGCACCGUCAGACGCCGGGCAACGUUCUGUGUUUGUCUUUUAAUGUUUAUUGUUGGAGUUGCAAACGACCUCCAUCUCAACUCGCUGGACUCCCUGUACCAGAUGCACUAUCCGUUCUGCUGGGACUCAGUCAAGAUAGGGAACUACUCCGCCAUUCGGACUGCCGGUGGACAUUUUCUGGCUAUUAUAGUCUACAAACUGCUCCAGAUGUGUAUGGCCAUCGAGCCCAUUGGGAUGAUCGGUGCUACCUUCCAGGGGGGUGCCUUUGUGUUAGAGGCUUUCAUAAACGCCUCCUGGCAGUUCUAUUUAGUUCCCGUAAUCCUGAUACCGAGUUGCUUGACCUCGUCUGUCAUGAGGACAAUGUUCUCUAUAUUGGCGGGACCAGAUCAUCAAGGUGCUGUGUUUUCCAGCAUAGCCGUGUUUGAGACUUUAUGCUCUCUGGCAACCUCACAGAUCUACAACCGGAUAUACUCAGCCACGGUGUCCUUCAUGCCAGGUGCUGUCUACCUGGUUAUGGCGUCAGUCAGCUGUGUUACUGUUGCUUUAUUUGGAGUCUACUUUCUGGUUCGUGAGAAACCACAGCAUGUCAAAAUCAUUGUGGUCGAUACGCUUGCUGACAAAGAAAACAUCCAGAAGACCAACAGCUUUUUAUCGAAAUCAGUUAGCUAG